UUCUAUUCUAUAAAUAGCUCCCUUCUACUCUCCACUUCCUUCACACCAAACAAACACUCUUUUACUUCUCUACCAAUUACACUGCCCACUUAAAAUUUUCACCAUGGGAAACCUCCAACUCCUCAUCGCCGCCCUAGCCAUCCUCGCCGCCACCGCAACCCUCCCGGCGACGGUCGUGGAGGCCGCCGUCGCCGACACCGUCACCCCAGAUUUCUUCGACGGCAUCAAGAACCAAGCACAAGACAGCUGCGCCGGGAAGAGCUUCUACACCCGCGACGCCCUUCUCCAGGCCGCCAAUUCCUACCCCGACUUCGGCAAUACGCCGCGCGAGGUCGCCGCCUUCUUCGCCCACGUCACCCACGAAACCGGAAGCAUGUGCUACGUGGAAGAAAUUAACAAGUCGGACUACUGCGACCCGGCGCAGUACCCGUGCGCGCCGGGGAAGCAGUACUUUGGGCGGGGCCCGCUCCAGUUGACGUGGAACUACAACUACGCGAUGUGCGGGCAGGCACUUAACUUUGACGGCGUCGGGGACCCGGACAGCGUGGCGAGGGACCCGGUGCUGACGUGGAGGGCGGCGCUGUGGUUCUGGAUGACGAACGUUCGCCCCGUCCUCGAUCAAGGGUUCGGAGCCACCAUCCGUGCGAUUAACGGCAUCGAGUGUAACGGCGGCAACGCGCCCGCCGUCCAGGCGAGGGUGGGAUUCUACAACACGUACUGCCAGAGGUUUGGAAUCCAGCCGGAGGCUAAUACCGGCUGUUAAGUUACUCCGUCGAUCUUCGCUGGCGACGAGGACGUAUGAGUAUUAAACGUUGUCGUUUUGUUUUUACGUAUUUGAAUGUACUAAUUUCAUCUUCCUACUUACUGGCAUGGCAUUGUAGCCUUGAUAGAAAUAAAUAAAAGUUGGGUUAAUCCCUUUUUUUCCCGCUCUUUAAUGACGCAUCUCAAGUUGUUACCUUAAACCUUAAUUGAAUGUACGUUCAUCC